AUGGAUGAAGCGACACGCAACAAGCUGCUUAAGAGCUACAAGACUCAGGUAGCCUCGGCGUCAUCCACUGUCUUCGCUACGCUCGCAGUGACUCCCCUGGAAAACGUCAAAACCCGUAUGCAGACACACAACUUUCAAAAUGUAGCUCAGUGUAUCCGCUAUUUGUGGCGUACUGAAGGCCCGCGUGGUUACGUGGCUGGUAGGUUGACCUCACCCAGCAUUCUUACAGCGGAUGUUAAUGCAAUGUUGAAAUCAGGCGCUCUGCCACCUCUUGCAAGCGUUACGGCGGUCAGAGUGAUGAACUUUACCACCUACGCCUUUGCCAAGAAUAGGGUCUCCGACUUUAUCCAGAGAAUGACCGGGGAGUCGCCUUUAGAAAUCUAUGACCAGGAAGGCAGCAGCCCCACUGUUUCUACUGUGGUCACCUUUACCGCUGCUGGUCUCUUUGCAGGACUCGUCAGUUCGCCGGUUGCUUGUCCCUUUGAGCUUGCGAAGAACGUAGUCCAGACCUCGGUCUUGAUGUCCCAUCGUUCCCAGGCCUCUAACAAUGCGCCCAAUGACCCUUCACUGCGUAACAUGCCACGUCUUAGCACUACCGAAGCGUUCCGACAGAUCUACAAGAGAUAUGGGCUCCGCGGACUGUACACCGGAUUCCAUCUUCAUGCCCUGCGCGACACCGUCGGUACCGGCCUGUACUUUGGCGUGUAUGAGACUGUCAAGCAGAUUGCGGAAAGAGAAAUGGGCAAGGGAACAGGAGCGCCCGCGAUUGCUGGUGCAAUCUGCAGCACCAUGCCCUGGUUUUGUACCUACCCGCUUGACACCCGCAAGACUCGCGCUCAGAGUGUGCUGCUUGGCAAGUCCAAGGAAGUCGGAGAGGCGGCCUCGGCUAUGGCGAAGUCUAGUAUCUACAAGGGUUUGUCGAUCAUCUUGAUUCGUACCGCCAUCAACAACAUGAUUCUCCUGAGCAUCUACGAAUACAUGAACAGAAGAAUUGAUAAUCUCGAUGAUUAA